CGAAACUAAUCACAUCAAAAACUUCACAAAUCAUCUUUUUUGUGCUCAAUUGCUUGAAAACGCAAACCAACUAAAGAGAUUUGCAGAAAAUGAUUCGUUGAAUUGUAUCAUGUGGGGCUUUAAAGUUAUGAAAUGGGCUUUGUAACGAAGCCCAAUCCAUAAACAAAAUGGAGGGAACCCGUUUCCCGCCAUUUUCCCCCCUCACAACAUUGUGCGGUUUCUUCUCCUGUUGUUCAGCUUCGUUGAUUGGAACACUCCCUUUCUCUCUAUCGAUUGAUUUUUUCCCACUAGUUUUAUAGAUCCUGCUACAAUCCAAAAGUUAAUUGGCUUUGGAAAUGGAAAUCGUCGGUUCACGCAGGAAACCCUUGCUAUCCUCAGCAGGCGACGCCGCUCCGACGAUCCCUAUAUACCGCUCUGCGCCGGAACUCGAAGUCCGGCUCGAAGAUUUUGAGCUCUAUGCUGUUCAUCGUCUUCGAGUUCUCAAAGGAAUUUCAGACGGACUAUCCCGUGGGAAGAAACCAAACGAGAUGGAAAAUCUGGUAAAGGAAUUAUUAAAGGUACACAUGAGUCACCCAGAAGCAUCUGAAGUUACGAACAAGGACAUCAUUUCCCACUUUGUUUUGCGCCUUGUCUACUGCAGAGAGGAGGAAUUAAGGAGAUGGUUCCUUUCAAUGGAGACAACCCUUUUUCGCUAUCGGUUUCUACUCGAAACUUCUGAGGCUCAGAGGGCAUUAUUGACAGAGUUUGACCUGCCCUACAAAGCUGUAACCAAUGCAGAAUAUGAGAAUGUUAAAGAAAAAUUGAACCAAGUAGCACGCUCCACAAAUUCCAGUGCUGAUACCAUAUAUUACAAGGUGCCAUUUGAACAAGUUCCUGAUCUUGUAGCAAGUCGACGAGUAUUUAUCAUGAAGGGGCAUGCUUAUGUUGCUAUGAAUCAGGUAGUUUCUCUCCUCAUGACACAAUAUCGCAGCCAUCUUUCUAAGGCACUCGUACUAACUAACAGAAAAUGGACGUCUAUGAUCAGAGAGCAAGAAAAGGAUCGCCUGACUCCUAUUGUCGAAGCCCUAUCCACAAGUUAUUUAGGUCCUGACUAUAGCCAGCCGAAGGACUUUGCAGAGAUAUCUCUUAAGGACAUUGAUCAAAUUGCUAGAAGCUCAUUCCCUCUCUGCAUGCGUCAUUUAUUUGAGAAGCUUAGGGAGGAUCAUCACUUGAAGCAUGGAGGGCGUAUGCAAUUGGGUCUUUUUCUCAAGGGUGUUGGACUCAAGCUGGAUGAUGCUCUUGCAUUUUGGAAAGCAGAAUUUUCCAAAAAGGUUGGCGCUGAAAGAUUUGACAAGGAAUAUGCAUACAGCAUACGGCACAAUUAUGGAAAAGAAGGGAAGAGGACGGAUUACACACCCUAUUCAUGCCAAAAGAUAAUUUCAUCAACACCAGGUGUAGGAGAUCACCAUGGGUGUCCUUAUCGUCAUUUCAGUGAGGAGAAUUUGAGAGCAGCCCUUAAUAAGAUGGGAGUAGCUAACAGGGCACUUGAGGAUGUGAUGGAUAAAGUGCGGAAUAGGCAUUAUCAGUUGGCAUGUACCUUAACAUUUGAAGCUGUGCAUGGGGCAUCUUGUGAUCAGGGAAUCAAUCAUCCGAAUCAGUACUACAGCGACAGCAAAACAAAUUUGGAAUCAAGGAAUAAUUCUAAGGGGACUUAGAUUGGAAUUCUCACAAUCAGAAAAUUCUCCUGGUGCCAUUGUCAUAUAUUAUUGUGAGCCAGUCUGUCAUGCAGUCUUACAUAAGUUAUAUGAAGAAAAAUUCAUGUGAGAUAUGUCGUGGUGCAAUGCGAGCACUUAGGUCACUGCUGCUGCUUUGCUCAAGUUGCUGCCACUUUCCAUGAAUUGUAAGUAGUAAAUCAGUUUGUGUAGCUUUUGAACCAUCUUGUCUCUGUUAUUAUAUCAUUACUCUUAACACUUCAGCAAUUCACUACAAAACAUUAAAAAAAUUAUUUUUGUUUU